UAUACACUCACAUAGAUAUCCAAAAACCAAAAUUAGUUGAAUAUCAAUUUUAAAAAUGGCCAAAAUAUCAUCACCUUUGGCACUCCUUUUCAUCAUCCUAUCUUCCAUCAUGAUCAACCACUUCCAUGUGGCCAGUUCCAAAACAUGGUGUAUAGCAACUCUCACCGCAACAAAUGCGCAACUACAAGCAAAUAUUAAUUUUGGAUGUAGUCAAGGAGUUGAUUGUAGGCCAAUCCGACCCGGUGGAUCCUGUUUUAUCCCUAACACUCUUGUAAAUCAUGCUUCGUUUGUGAUGAACUCUUAUUAUCAGAGCCAUGGUCGUACCAAUCAGGCAUGUAGUUUCAAAAAUACCGGCACAUUUGCUGCUACCGAUCCUAGUUUCGGUAAAUGUGUAUAUGCGUCUUAGAAAUAUGUAUUUGGUUUCGAUAAUUAAUUGAUAUGCAUAAUAAAUGAUUUGGUAAAUACAAUCAUCCAUUGGUGAA